CUGUAAAUUGGAAGGAACUUUUGGUUCGUAGUUGUUAUGAGCUUGAAUAUCUUAUUCAUAGGGCUCUGCCGGGAAAAAGAUUUGGACAACUAAAAAAGUUAACUUUAUUGAGGCUACCUGCCAUGAAGAGUCUUUUCACAGGGUCCGUAGUUAAAAGCUUCGUGCAACUCCAAGAACUAGGUAUAUACUGGUGUUCUCAGAUGGAAUAUAUUGUUGCCAAGGAAGAGGAAGAAGGCAAAAAAAGUACAGAAAGAAUUGAGUUUCCAAAACUGAAGCACUUGUGCUUGAAUGAUCUCCCAAUGCUUCGAAGCUUCUACCCCAACUCAGACAAUGUUGCCAUAGAAAGUCUGUUCCACAGACAGGUUUUGUUGCCUAGCCUUGAGAUGCUAGAGUUGCUCGGAAAAAACAAAGUACACAUAGUGGACUGCCAUAUGCAAGUUGGGUCUUUUGACCAACUACGAUACAUAUUUGUUUCAGAUUGUGGAUUGUUGAACUUGGCUGCAGCGGCUCAACUAGAACUGUUUCGAAGCGUCCAAAGCAUUCGAAUAGAGGGUGGUGAUGCACUUGAAGUCGUGUUUGACUUGGAGGGGCUAAAAGCUAAGGGUGAACAGGCAGAAGUUAUACUCGGUCAGUUAGAGUCAUUGGAGAUCCAUUAUUCAUCUAACUUAAUGCGUAUAUGGAAGAUGGUUCCCAAAGGACUUCAAGGUUUCCACAAUUUGAAAACACUUCAAAUUUCCUAUUGUGGGAGCUUGAGAUAUCUGUUGUCACCUGUUAUGGUAAACUUACUUGUGAAUCUGCGAGAUUUACGCCUUGUAAAUUGCGAGAUGAUGGAAGAAAUUAUUGAAACAGGGCAAGGUUACCCUGAAAUCAGAAUUAUGGAUGACAUAGUCACAAACCAAGAAGGAGAAGAAGUGAUUGUGUUCCCACGAUUAAGCAGACUAGUCCUUUUUAAUCUAGAAAACGUAACCGUUUUCUACUCUGGAAAGUGUGGACUUCAAUUUCCCUCAUUAGAUCAAGUGCACAUAAGCAACUGCCCGAAAUUGAAAUUUUUUUGUUCCGGACCGCUAUGCACACCGAAGCUUGAAAGAGUGAACACCAGCAAAGAUCAAUGGCUUUGUAUGCGUGAUCUUAGCACCAGGGAUAUCGAGUGUGUUUGGAUGGGUGAUCUUAACAAGACAGUACAACACAUAUGA